CCCGCCUUCGUUAUAAAAGAAGCCGUGUAACAGGCAAACGAUAGACAGUGUUAUUCGGUAACGACAGAUGGGAAAAAAUUGGCGCGACUGAGAAUCAGCGAGAGACGUCAGCUCGACCGCGCAUUUGCAACCACGAGAGAAUGGCGUGCCUUAAGAUCUAUAUCGUUCUGAUUUUGGCUGUUGCAAUCGGUAUGGCAGCUGCGAAACCAGGAUACCUGGGCGGAUACGGAUACGGCUUAUAUCCGUAUUACGGUUAUGGCCACGGCUAUGGCCACGGAUUCCAUGGAUACGGACACGGAUUCGGCCAUGGCUACGGUCAUGGCUAUGGAUAUGGUAGGAUUUAUGGAUAUCCAUUUUAUGGCGGCUACGGCGGCUACGGCGGCUACGGCGGUUACGGCGGCUACGGCGGCUACGGCCAUCACGGCUAUUAUGGCUAAGGUGGACGCGGAGCAACAACCUUCCUCUGGAUUUCCUGGACCGCCAUCUUAAGAAGAGUGAGCCCAGAGUUAUUCGAACAUAACUUACGUCGCUUUCUCCCUACUAUGUAUUUUUAUUGCUAACAUUGGACUGCCGAACUAUCCGUCAGGCGAGUCAACGAUUGAUCCUCCGAGGACCCUUCCAUACAUGUGACGUUCGCAUCGGACGGAGCGCGCGUGAAACGUACUUACUUAAUCGACACGAAACUCUCGGAAAAGAUACGAUUACGCAAAAAGGAAAUAAAAAAAAAAACAAUUAUAGAAGAUUACGAUCCGUUACGAUGUUCGUAUGUCUCAUAAGUAUAUGUCGAGUAUAAAUAUGCCAAGAAAAAUAAAUUAUGCAUCUCAGCGAAAAUUGAA